AGAAUUUGUGAAGGAGGUGAUGGCAGGUGAUGUUGAUGCAGAAAACUAAGAUCAUAUCAUGUGUCAUUCCUUUUAAUGUAUAAUACAGAAGAUAAGAACAUUCGAAAUGGUAGGUUUGAAUGAUCGUUGUUAGAACCGCAGUAGAGACCUCUGAAGCACCUCACUAUUCCAGCACCCUCAGGCAACGCUGCCACGUACUCAGGAGAAAGCCUACUUUAUUUUAGCCACAGUUUCUUCUUAAUGUAAUUUGAUCUUAUGCUAGUUUGUUGAAGUUCAUUUAUUUCAAUAGAUAUUAUUUGAAAGGAAGGUCAAAUGAUUUUUUUACCUCCUGGAAAUAACUUUAACAUUUAGUUUUAUAUUUCAUAUUCGUUCAAGCGUAUUUUGUUUGUUUGUUUUUUUCGUUUUUUUUCUCCCUUUUUUAGACAUUUAGUUGAACCGGACGUUGUAGGAAUUCUUAUUACUGAUUAUUGUAGCAUUUGAUUAAUGUUAUUCACGGAGUCUAGCUGGACCUCUGCUUUACUCGGGCCUGCUGGAACGCAUGCGCAAUGUUUGUUAGCUUCAGCUGAUCGUGACGUCAUUGCCACGUGUCCGUCAGUGUCGAGCGAUCUGUGGUGGUGAACAGACAACGCGUUGUUUAUAAUAUUAACUUAAAAUAUUCGAUGGAUUUUUAUGGCUAUUUUAGUAUUGUUCAAUCAAGAUUUUAUCAGAUACUGUGAUGCGUUCCGAUUAAAUAAUAAUAAAAAAAGGUGAAUCGCGAGUAAUCAUGGUCCAGCUGUCAGAGGACGGUGGCAUUCCGAGACCCUCUACGUCCACACACGACCGCAGUUUGAUGAUGCAACCAUCUCAGCUGACUGGAGACAACAGGCCUGGCGUGAACCAGCAUCACACUCACCUUGCAUCCGUGAGACCCAGCGUCACCUUACCCUCGGCUCAGGACCACCAUCGUGGAAUGGGCAGUUGUGGGAAUGGUGCUACUAGUAAUGGCAAUGUGGCAAGUGGUAGCAGCUGUGAAGUCAGUAGUACCCGAGAUGAAAUGGGAGGAGGAAUGCCAUUGUCAGUGGAUGGUACUUCUCAUUUUUCCUCUGAGUCUCGGCAAGCUGGGAAUGUUAAGUUGAGAAAUGAACACCCCUACUUGGAUCUUGGGAGACAGCCCCCACCUAGAGGCCGAUGGUCAUAUUACGAAGACCUGAGAGCAAGACAUGAGCAAGUGUUUCUUAGAGAUCCAAAAGAUGAAAGGCAUGAAAUCAAGAGAGAACCCAGAGAUUAUAGAGAUAGAAGAGAACUUGACAGAAGGGACUAUAGAAGCCACAGAGAUGACAAAAGAGACCUCGGAGACUACAGGGUUCGAAGAGACCUUGAGAGAAGGGACCUCAGAGAUUACAGGGAUCGAAGAGAUAACAGAAGAGAUUUCAGAGACGAAAGGAGGUAUGCCAGAGAUGAUAGGCUGGAUGUGAGGUGUGGCCGGCGAGAACUUAGAGGUGAGGGAGGGGAACCUCAAAGGGAUGCCAGAAGCCAAAGGGAGGACAGGGGGGAGGGGAGGGACAGCAGAGAAGUGGGGGAGAGCCACCACCAGGAAAGAAAACAUGAGGGUGAAAGAGCCUCAGUUGUUGAUGACCAUCAGGUAGGUGAUGGUCAGAAUAAUUUUUCGAAAGUGGAUUUUGGAUCUACACCAGUGAAAGCUGAAGUAUUCGAGUCAAAGGAAGCAGAUUCCAGAAGGAGCAAAGACUCCAAUGAUACUCGCGAGCGAACACCAGGGGCGGUACAUAACCGUGAUCGAGAACGAAACCAAGGAAUUGACCUUGGACGAGGGCGCAACCUUGGCAGGGAUCCUGAGCAUGAACCUCUGCGUCGGGAACCAGUGGGAGAGGAAACUGGCUACGAGUCUGACCACUCCCGUAUGUCCCGUACCACGGCGAUGACAGGCUACUCCACUUCUUCUCGAAGUUUUAACUGGAGGCCAAGGGCUGAUUCUGUAGCCUCUCAAGCCUCCGUUUUUUCUCACACGUCAGUCAGGCCUCCACUGACCUCAGGCAGAGGCACAAGGGGUAAGUAAUUUGCAACAUUGAUUGAUGAUCCAG